CCCAUCUUCCCGGUGACCCCAGCCGAGCGCAGCGGGGCGCUGUGGCCCGGGGCGAGCCAGGCCAGCCGGCCGGCCGCGCCGCCCGCCGCCAUGGAGCCCAGGCCCGCCGCGCCGCGGCCUCGCUUGUGCGACUCUCUCGGCGCGGACCAGACACCCUCGGCCUCUACGCUGAACGCGGCCCGGGCCGAGGCUCGGCCAGCUGGGCGCCGCGCUCCCGCAGUGGCUGCAGUGUUGCCGGCGGGGGGUAGUGGGGAGCGCAUGGGCGUCCCCACCCCGAAGCAGUUCUGCCCCGUCCUGGAGAGGCCGCUCAUCAGCUACACGCUGCAGGCCCUGGAGAGAGUAUGUUGGAUAAAGGACCUUGUUGUUGCAGUAACUGGAGAGAACAUGGAAGCAAUGAACGGUAUCAUUCAGAAGUACCAGCAUCAGCGCAUCUCACUGGUUGAAGCUGGAGUGACCCGUCACAGGUCAAUUUUCAAUGGACUCAAAGCACUGGCAGAGGACCAGCCUGACUCUAAACUGUCUAAGCCAGAAGUUGUGAUAAUCCAUGAUGCUGUGAGACCAUUUGUUGAAGAAGAUGUCCUUCUUAAGGUUGUCACAGCUGCUAAGGAGUAUGGGGCAGCAGGAGCAAUUCGACCUCUUGUAUCUACUGUAAUCAGUCCAUCUGCUGAUGGUUGCUUAGACCAUUCACUAGAACGUGCCAGACACAGAGCAAGUGAAAUGCCACAGGCUUUUCUAUUUGAUGUGAUCUAUGAAGCAUAUCAGCAGUGUAGUGACUAUGACUUGGAAUUUGGAACUGAAUGUUUACAGUUGGCUCUAAAAUAUGGUCGCAUUAAAGCCAAACUUGUGGAAGGAUCACCUGACCUCUGGAAGGUGACCUACAAACGAGAUCUGUAUGCAGCUGAAUCGAUUAUUAAGGAAAGAAUUUCACAGCACAUUUGCCUGGUUAUGGACACAAAAGAUGAGAAUCAUGUAGGUCAUCGUCUUGAAGAAGUACUAAAAGACGAAUUAAAUCAUGUAAAAGUCACGUCUCGACUUCCAUGUCACACUGGCAGAGAUCUUGAUCAAAUCAUGUCAGAGCAGUGCUACAGUUACGUUUGCGUGAAUGUUAUGACCUCUGAUUUUGAGGAAAUCCGGAAGUUAGUGAAUAUGCUGGAAGAGACUAAUCUUUCCAUUUUAUAUCCUGUUGUUGUUAUUUCAGUGUAUUUUCUUGAUUAUAAAUCAGUACCUUUUGAUCAGAAAAUGGAAAACCUAAUGCAGAUUAGGGAAUAUGCAAAGGAAGUGAAAAAGAGAAAUAUUUUAUUAUGUGGUCUUCUUAUAUAUUAUCCACAGGACGAGCAGAAGCUACAGGAAAGUUUAAGGCAAGGUGCUACGAUUAUUGCCACCUUAAUCAAAGAAAGAAAUUCUGGACUUGUUGGUCAGCUCCUGGUAGCAUGAAGAACACAAAGAUAAUUACUUAUUGGGUUUUAGAAACAUUUAUCUAGGUAUCUCUGCUGUGCUCCCCUCCCUAUUAUAUGUAGUGGCAUGUUUAUAUUGUCUUUUAUGUCUCAUAAUUGGUGGGAUAUGAUGUUUGGGUUAAAAAAGUGGAUCAUUGUUUAUAUCUGUGAAAUAAAAAUAUACUUUUGUGCAUGUCAAAUAUAAAUUGAAUCAGAAAAUAGGUAAAUGGAAACUAAUUGCUUUCACAUAAUCUUUGCACAAAAGCAUAAAAGAUUGAAUAGAAAUAAUGACGGCUGAGGUAAUCAUCCUCGAAAUGAGAAUUCAGAAAACAACCAUGAUCUUAUCUCUGUGUUAAUUAGCAAAUCACAUUGUCUUGAUACUAAUAGAUAUGACUUAGAAUUGUUCUUAAUACUAAAAUUGUCCUCUUACCAUGUGAUAUUUUGACCUGUAUUCUAAUUUUCCACACCUUAAAAAAUAAAUAAAAGAGGAGAUAACAGGGAACUCUGGUUGAGAUAUUUUCACCGUUGGGCCCACAUUACUCUAGGUCCAUAAAAAAGAUGUAAUCCUCUCCUACUUUCUGUUUUAAAAUUGUCUGUUUUCCUUGGUUUAUGAAAAAUAAUUUUGACUUACUUUGAAUGGUCUCUGAUUUUUCUGGAUACAUUUAAAAGAAGACUGGAAAUCCUCAUGAAAGUGAAAUUAUUUUGGUCAAUCCCAAAUUAGUCUUUUUUUGAAAAGGAGGGAGUCAUUGCAUCUUCAAGAAUUAAAUUAUUUUUUGAUACAGAUACUGCUGUUGUUUAAAAUCAAGUUUUCAAUCUUUCAAAUUGCUCCUGGUAUAUACACCUUAAAUGUGUAAAUGAUUUUCCCUAAAACUAAAUUUUACAAUUAUGUACAUCCAAUCAUUAGAGAUAACUUUUAUUCUAUAUUUACAUUUACUUCAUACAAACACAUUAGAUCAGAUUCCAAGACUUAGGUUACAUGUGGAAACUAUAAAAGCUGCAGGAGAUGUUAUCAGUUGAAGAUCGACUGUGAAAUACCUACAUUAAGGAAUUUCUUCUUAACAAGUUGGAUGAUUUUCUCUAGUUUUCUCAAGGAUCUCUUUUGGUUGGAGAGUUGAUGUUUUACAUUUCAGUAAUGGUAGAAUAUAAUGGACCUGGAGUUAUUACUAUAAUUCAUUCUCUUAAAUGAAAUGUAUUGUUUCAUUGUAGUUUGGAUGUAAAUUUCUGGGCUUGCCACUUUUUUCCUCUCUCUCUAGGGAUGUUAAGAAAUAUAAAAUAAAUGAUAUAAUUCAAAUUCUUGAGGAUGAAAAUAUAUGGAUAAUGUGUAGAUUUUUGGUUAGAAUGCCUAUGUCAUUGUUAAGGUGGUGGGCUGGCUGUGUUGGGAAAGGUUCACACCUGCACCUUUUUAAGUCUUCAGGUGAAAAUGUUUUAAGAAUUUGGAAGUGCUUAUAAAGGCAAAUAGGGAAAUGUUUCAGGGUUUUAAAGAGAAAGUGCCUUUGAGUAAAGGCAAGAAUCGGCCUAUCUAUGACACAGCAAAACUAUUCUAUUGAUUGAGUGCUAGUUAAGUUACCUUAGAUUCCAACUUAUUUAUGGACUGUUAUGCCAGACGAAAAUUUAUCUAGGAGCAAUGACUGUGAGUUUACCCUAGGCAAUUAGAAUAGUGUAAUGAGGUUUUAGUUAAUAUUAAAUUGUGCAUGAAAUAAUUACCAUCAUCAUCAUCACCUUAUCAUAGCAUUCGAUCUUUUUCUUUACAGUUUAUAAAGUGAUUCACAGCUUUGAAAAUAAUUUAAAGAAGUCUUCUCACAUCCUUGACUGCUUAGAUGGAACUGGAGGUUCAGGGAUCUUUAACUGCCUUGUCCACAGCCAUGGGGCUGCGUAGUGACAAAAAGUAGGGAUUAAACUCAGGACCACUCAUAGUAAGUUUCAAGCUCAUCUCCCUGUUUAAUCAUAAUGCUGGCAAAGGACAUCCAGCCGAGAAGCUAUGGGAAGUAAGCCAGAGGCUCCAACUGUGCAUUGGAGGAAUGGAUAAGGAGGGACAGAUCAUCCCAAUGACCAGAGGAAAGUCCUGAAGCUUUUGGCUUUCUAGCCAUCUUUCCAACAUAGACUAAUUGGUAAUUGUAGCUAGAGGUGAAGGGAAUGGAGAGAAGUAUUAGCCAAGAGAGAAAGAUAGACUGGUUGUUUUUAUUGUUUAAGAGAUCCAGAGGCAAAUUUUAUAGUUACAUUUUCAUCACUGCUUCUGUAAACUUAAUUACUUUCAUGGGAACUGUCUUUUUUUCACUUUAUUUUCCCAAAUAUUGUUAAAAAUAAUAGUAAUUUAUGCUUCAGGGGUGUAAAAUUGUCCUCUACCUGUGGAAAGUUCUGUGGAAAGACUCUUCUUUCUAAAUGUUUGCUAAUUGAGUGCAAUUUAAUUAGCCUUUUAAAGAAUUUAACAGUGUGUUCAGUGGUUUGGUUAAUGACAUACUGGUAAGAGGUAUAAAUUUUUUAAAACCGCUCAGUUUGAGAGAUAACUUGUUGCAAGUAUAUGAAUUUACAGGUAAGAAUUAGACUUCCAUAUUCCACUCAGAGCCAUUCUUUCUGUGGUCACUUUAAGCGAUUUGCAUUGGCUCAACAGGUAAACUUUCACUUUCAUACUGGAUCUUUAGCACUAUAAAACUUUACUAUGUAUAAAUACAAUGAUCAUUUUGUAAAAAUUACAAUGCACUAAAACAUUUUCUUAUAUUAAAUCUUCACAUUUUAUUUCCUUUUAAUAUUGAAACUACUUAGGCCAAGGAAAAAUAAGUAAUAGUUUUAAGUGUUAAAGCCAUUUUGAUGAAGAAAGAUUGAAUUUUAAAAGUUUAAUUCAAAAAUAAACAGAAUAAAUGAAAAAUACAUAUCAUGUUGGGCUUUAUUAGUGUGGUUUAAAAUAAGUCAGAACUGGCUGUGUGAGGUACACAGCCUGGGGUACUGUACCACUUUAUAUGUUCUUGUACAUUUUUAGUUUCAAAAUGGUGAAAAAUGCACAGAUUUUUUUAAAUGACAGCAACACACUAUUCAAGAUUUUCAAUAUAUUCUCUUUAUAAAGCAAAAUAUGUGUUUGAUAAAUAACUAAGUGGUUGAUAUUUUAAUAUCCAAUGGCAGUUGUCAUUGAUAUUUAGUGUAUAUAUACAUAUUUUUAAAACUAACUCAAUUACAAUUGAAUAAAUAUAACAUUUACUCUCAGAAAAUAACAGUGAUGUUUUAUUUUAUAGAAUUUGAGAUCCAGAUUUAUUAUUCUGUAAAAUAUAUUAAAAAUGUGCAAAAUCAGAAGUCUCAGUUUUUUUUUUUCUUCUUUCCCUCAUAUUAAGCAGGUUUCCUAGCAAUUAAAAUGGCUGCUGAGAAUAUAAAAGCUAUAUUCAGUCACAGUGGAAUGGAGUACUGUGAUUACUUAACAGUGUCUGCAUGGGGGUAGUGAAUUGAAUUUGGUUCAGAAAUAUUCUUUCUUUCCACUUAGCUUCCAUAGGAGGAAUAUAUGUGCACGACUUGACUUUGGGAUUCACCGUGUAAGCUACUCUGACCAGCAGAGUGAGGCACAAGUGGCUUGUGUAUGCCUGAGACUAGACUUAAGAGACUUUGCAUGUUGCCACUUGCUCCGUUCUGCUCUUGCCCCCACCGUGAGAUGAACAUGUCCUACCUGGCCUGGUGUCUCCAAAGGAAAACAAAAGCCCAGAUCAGCCGAUGUCCAGAUAAUCAACAAAUGGAUGAAGAGCCCCAGCUGAGAGCAGCAGGGUUCCCCAGGCCAGUUCAGGUGACCUCCACCAGACAGGUGAGCUAAAGCAACGCUCAGUGUUGUUUGCUAAUACUAUGUUUUGAGACUUUUUAUUACACACCAAGUGGUAACCAAGGAAAGAACAUCUGUGGCAGUGCAUCAGUACGUUUGUCCUCACAAAUCUAGGAUGUAUCUACAGACACACAUUUUGUUAAGUAGAAUGCUUGUGAGGAGAAAUGUUGGUCCCAAAGUACUAGAAGGUCCUGAGGGUUACUUCCUCCCUAUUUAAUAGUUACUAAAAGAAAAACAGACCUGAAAGUUUUAGAAAAGUUUACAAAAGAAGUUAAACUUUCUUGGGCCUAAAAUGAUAUUGAAUUGAAAUACAGGCAUUUAAAAUAAUAAUAAAAAUGACUAACAUUUAUUGAGUGAGUGCUAUGUUCUAGAAAUUGUUCUUAGUGCUUUGCAUGUAUCUUUUUUUUCUUCAUAAUAACUUUAUGUGCCAGGUGGUGUACCAAUCUGUUUUACAAAAUGAAGAAACCAAGGCAUAUACAUUUCAAAUAACUUCUUGAGAGUAAGAGUCACCCAAGCAGCAUGUGGGAGAAAUGAGGUUCACAAAGGGCUUUCUCACUUUAGAGCUCAUAUUCCUAAACACAAUGACCUGCAAUAUUACAAAAACAUAAUACUUUAAGAUCUUUUAAAGAAUGACUCUCAAAAGAGUCUUCUUUAAUAAGAGGGGAAAAAGCUAAGUCCCAUUGUCUUUCAGUAUUUCUAUACUCUUCCUUUCCUUUGCCCAUCAUCACCCGCAACACAUGAACAUGCUUUGGAACAUCACUGUGUCUGCCUGUGCCAUUAAAAUUUACAAAGACUAAUACUGAUGUACAGUUACUAUCAAUGACAUCUCUGAGGGCUCUAAAGUUGUAGGAAUUUCCUAGUGGAUGUCAGAUACACUUGAAUAAUGAAAAAGCAGAAGUACUUUCCUGAUGAACCAGAGGUGCAUAUAGCUAUUUGUGCCUCAGCAACAUGAGAAGACAUGAAAAGAGAAGUAGAAAUCCAUUCAUCAUGUUUAUAGGAGAAAGGAAAGUCUAGAGAAAUGCCAAGGCAUGACGAAGUAUGAAGUCUUCCCUGGCCAUUAGACAGUCCUAAGCACAUAUGCCAGUAUUCGCUUGAUGGGCAGUUUUUGGGGUGAAUGGUGCUCCGUAUAAUGAGGUAGACCUGAGCAGAGCCAGAUUGUUUUCUCUUACCAUCUGAAGUAUUGGAAUCUUUGAUUUUUAAAAAUGGCUUCACAGCUGAAAUGCAUUAUGUAAAUAUAUUCUGUACUUAGUUGAAGAUACUACCAAAUACUCUGAGCAGUUCUUAAAACAUAUGGGUCUAUUUAGCAGCAUGGAUAAAGCUUGACUUGUCAAAUGCAUUAUUAUUAUUAUUAUUUUUUUUUUUGGCCAGUUUAACCUUAAUUAAUCUUUGCAGGGUCUCUUUGAGGUAGGUCUGUAUCAGCCUUGUGUUGUGACAGUUGCAAAAA